AUGACCACUAAAAACCUUGGAGUCACCCUGGACCCCUGCCUCUCUUAUUCCCAGCACAUCUCCACUCUGGCACGCACUUGCAGAUUCUUCCUGAGCAACAUCCGAAGAAUCCGACCCUUCCUCACCAACUAUGCUACCCAGCUCCUGGUCCAGGCCCUGGUACUCUCCCGCCUAGACUACUGCAACUCCCUCCUGGCUGGCCUCCCUGCGUCCGCCACCCGUCCGCUCCAGCUCAUCCAGAACUCUGCUGCUCGCCUGGUGUUCUCUCUACCUCGCUUCGCCCACGCUACUCCACUACUCCGCUCGCUCCACUGGCUCCCGAUCACCGCUCGCAUCCAGUUCAAGACUCUUGUACUAGCCUACAGAUGCCUUGAUCAGACUGCACCCAGCUACCUCCAGACCCUCAUCUCUCCCUACACCCCCACUCGAUCUCUCCGCUCCGCCUGCACUAGAAGACUGGCUCUACCUCCGCUACGCUCCCCUGCCUCCCGAGCCCGCUCCUUCUCCACCCUUGCUCCGCAGUGGUGGAACGACCUUCCUACAGAUGUCAGGACUGCCCAGUCCCUGACCACAUUCCGGCGCCUCCUUAAGACUCACCUCUUCAAACAGCACCUGUAGAACUCCUCUGUUGUAUCCUGGGACACUAUCACCCUUCAUUUAAAUAUGCUUUAUUUUGCUCUUAUCUGCCCCCUAUUUUACUGCAUUUAAUCCUGUACCUCAGAAUAUUGUAAUCUCCCAAGUGUUUAAUCUGUAGUAUUUUGUACUUAAUCAUAUCCUGAUGUAACUAUCACUACUUAAUCAUAUCCUGAUGUAACUUUCACUAUUAUCUGCUGUAUUAUUGAAUUGUGGUUUGUCACACUUGAGAAUUAUUGUAUUUCUUGUUCUUAUUGUAUGACUUAUAUUGUAACACUUGAAUGUAUUUGUAUUU